AUGAUCACAAUGCGUGCCCUCGUAGCAACAGUUUUACUCAUAUCCGUCGUGUUGGUGUCAAUUGUGCUGAUUACGGCUAACACAAGGCAUGUGGUGGACGCUGACCAAGCAGUUAAUGGUUCCGCGAUGGGCCCGGCUUUGGAAGAAGUGUUUGUGAAUCAAAUUCCGCUUGUAGAGCCUGUUGCCGACGAAGGUCCCGAUAGUGAGGAGUUGAGCAGUAAAAAAGAAGCAACAACUGUUCCCAAGAAAGUGCCAGUUCCAAUUGUGACGACUGAAGACGCAAGUGAUCGACAAAAGGCACGUCUGUUGUCUGUGUUUCGGAAUUCUAUUUUAGGGGCCUCUAGAAGGGAUGAUUCGAUUACAGCACAAACAAGCGAAAAUUUUGAUGAAACUUCUGCUCCGCCAAUUGUCGCCACCGAUGCAGCAGUAAAUGAAGACGAACUUAUAAUUUUGGAUGAUUUGUAUACCGAUGGCAAAGAAAUCGCCGUCACCAGUGAACAAGCGACUACCUGGGAAAUACCUGUGCACAGUUCUAUACUAGUUAGCGAUAUAAUCAAUAGUAAAACAAGUCAAAAUAGUGCGGAAAAUAAAAUCAAAGCACAAAAAUUAUCCACCGAAAAAACUUUGAAAUUACCAACAACAAAGCAAAUUAAAAGUCUACCGAAUGCAUCUCAGACAAUAACUUCAAAAACAUUCCAAACUACUGAACAACUGCCAUUGGGGUUUGAACCAGGAACCUACGUCAGUCUGGAUACAAAAACGACCAAUGAUGUUGCGGAAGAAUUAGAUCCAAUCAAUUGGAGCAUCAGUAGUCCAACACUGGGACGGAAGCAGCGUGACGCCAGAAAACCAUCCGAAACAAUCGUUUUGAACACGGUUCCCAUUGCUCCUCACACAGCAGAUGCAGAUAAUGGGGAGAACGACCAGCUUCAAGGAUGCCCACACAAAUUCCCUCCACCAUUCCUAUCUAUGAUGGCGCAACCAGUCGAUCGAACCCUCUAUCCCAAUUCAGGAUUGCCAUCAAUCUACAACCCAUACAAUUGGAACACGCAAAAUAUGAAUUUGAUCAAGUUUCCGCAGUGUCUCGACUGCCAGCGAAAAUCGGUUCCACUGUGUACCAGUUGCGGAAGAUGCAGAGACUGCUGCCAUCAGAGUGGCUGCACUUGCGGAUGUUUGAAAACCUAACACGUAGGUCAGUUGGCGUUCUUGCGAGCGGGUAAUGUACUCACACACACCACCUAGAUUAGUUAUGUUUUGUACUAAGGUAAUAUAAGAAUAAAAUUCACGUACC